GUGGCCGUCGACUUCAAGGAGGGCUCCUUCGGCCUCCUGCCGGAGAACGCCCCCACGUGGUGCAAGGACGAGAGCCAGCUGACCUGGAAGCAGCGCAAGGAGCGCAUGCAGCAGCACAUCACCCUCGAGUGGGCCAAGAAGGCGGUGAAGGACAUGCUCGAGAAGAACGAGACGGUCCCCGAGUGGAUGGACAAGAUUGUGUCCGACGACGAGAAGAGGGGCAAGGCGAAGUGGGCGGUCGCGGAGUCCAAGCGCCUGAAGGCCGAGGGAAAGGAGACGCCGAAGUGGAUGGACGAGAUCGUGGAUGAGGACGCCAAGUGGGCCAACCGCUGGGCGGCGUGCAAGGUCGCGGAGCUGCAGCAGGCGAACGAGGAGGCGCCUCAGUGGAUGAUCGAGAACGGCAGGAAGGGCAUCCUGGAGGCCGCUGCCGAGAAGGCGGCCGAGCUCCAGGAGGAGAUCGACGAGAUGGAAGAGGAGAAGGACAAGGACGAGGCGCUCGUGAACGCCCAGGGCGACGUGCAGACUGCCAACGAGAGGAUGCUGGCCAAGAACAGGGAGUUCAAGGCGAGGACCGUGAGCUCGCAGCUCCGCGUGCUCGAGGGUGCUCUGGAGGAGCUCGACAAGGCCGAGGCCGAGGUGCAGAGCGACGGCACGGCCCCCGGGCCGAAGCGCAAGUACAAGCAGGCCCUGCGGAAGGCGGAGGCCGCGUCCAAGAUGCUCACCAAGCUCCUGGAGCGGAAGGCGAGCAUGCUGAGCGCUCAGAUGGCUGCGGCGGCGCAGUGA